GACACAUCUGACCCCACUGGCUUUCCGUACUUGUCCUUUCCUUAUUUUCUUCCGGAGGAAACUAGCUGUUCGGAACCAGACAUAGACUGUAUAUAAGAAUAACAGUCAUUGGAACCAGAGGGCGAAACAUGACAACACAGUGAGAGCUUCUUCAGCCUCCACAGCGGCGUGGCGCUCUCGUUUCAGCGGGUUAGUUCGGUAAAGACCGUUCGCUUCUAUCCAUGAUCCUGCGGCAGGUUUGGGCCGGUAGUAAGGCGUUCGCGGGAUGGGGACGGAGGUCACACCGAGGCGGGGGCCUCCUCCUGCCGCGGGCUGUCUCCUCUGGCUGCUCUCGCUGCCAUGGAGGAGGCAGCGCUCAGCCUGUGGAGCCAGGCUCCGCUCAGGCGCUCUACCGGGGCUCGGUACUGCUCCCACGCACCGAGUUUCCAAUGAAGCUGGUGGGACGAGCUCUCGUGGACCGAGAAGUUCAGAUCCAGCAGGAAUGUAGUUUUGCUCAGUUGUACUCAUGGCAAAGAGAAAGGAAGGCCAAGAAGACAUUCUCCCUUCACGACGGACCCCCCUACGCCAAUGGAGCCCCACAUGUUGGCCAUGCACUUAACAAGAUCCUGAAAGAUAUCCGUAACCGCUUUGAGAUGCUCCGGGGCCGGCAGGUCCACUACGUUCCUGGCUGGGACUGCCACGGCCUGCCCAUCGAGCUGAAGGCUCUGGGGGAGCUGGGCACCAGCGGCUUGAGUCCACUUCAGAUUAGACGGAAAGCCCGGGAGUUUGCAGAGGGGGCAAUAGCUCAGCAGAAGGCUGCCUUCCAGCGCUGGGGGGUGAUGGCUGACUGGGAGCAAUGCUACUACACAUUUGAUGGGACAUAUGAAGCGGCUCAACUGAAAGUCUUCCAAGAGAUGUACAGCAAGGGUCUCAUAUAUCAAGACUACAAACCCAUCUUUUGGUCUCCUUCAUCAAGAACAGCACUGGCAGAGGCUGAGUUGGAGUACAACCCUGAACAUGUGAGCCGAGCCAUUUACGCCACUUUUGCUCUGACAACGCUGCCACCAGGGGUCACUGCAGAGGAGGGUCUGGACAAUGUCUCUUUGUUGGUGUGGACCACUCAGCCUUGGACCAUUCCUGCCAACCAGGCAGUGUGCUACAUGCCAAAUGCAGAGUACUCGGUGGUAAAGAGGGCAGACAACUCUCAGCUGCUGUUGAUAGCCACGGAGCGCGCUGCCAGUCUGGCAGCUCUGCUGGGCACCGAGCUGAGGAGCAUCAGCACCUUCACAGGUUCUCAGCUUGAAGGUGGGAUGUACACACACCCCAUGAAUCCUGGGGUGCUGGUCCCUUUACUGCCAGCCAAUCAUGUGACCAUGGCAAAAGGCACAGGAUUGGUCCACACAGCACCCGCCCAUGGCAUGGAUGAUUACAGCGUGGCCUCACAGUUCAAACUGCCUGUGGAGUGCAUGGUGGACGAGGAUGGCAGGUUUACGGAGCUGGUUGGACCUCAGCUGCAGGGCCUGUCUGUGCUGACUGAAGGCACUGAUAAAGUGAUUUCCAUGCUGAAGGAGCGUGGAGCUCUGGUGCUGGAGCAGCAGUGCGUCCACAGUUACCCUUAUGACUGGAGAACGAAGCAGCCGGUGGUCAUAAGGCCCAGUAAGCAGUGGUUUAUCAACACACUGUCACUCAAAGACAAGGCCAAGGAAGCGCUGCAGAAGGUUCAAGUUUUGCCAGAAUCAGCCAGAGGCAGUCUACUGGCCAUGUUGGACCGACGGACCUACUGGUGCAUCUCCAGACAGCGCAGCUGGGGGGUCCCCAUCCCAGUCUUCUAUCAUAAAGAGAACGGAGAGGCUCUUGUUAACAAAGACACGGUGUCCCACAUUGCGAAACUUUUCAAGGAGAAGGGCAGUGACUGCUGGUGGGAACUUCCCAUCGAGACCCUGCUGCCUCCACAUGUGCUGAAGAAGACUAAAGCUGGAGUGGCGAGCGACUUUGUUCGAGGUGAAGACGUGCUGGACAUCUGGUUUGACAGUGGAUCCUCAUGGGCAGCUGUUCUUGAAGAGGAGGUGCAGGAGGAGCCUGAGGAGCCUGAGGAGCCAGAGUCGCGUCUCAGCUGGCUCUCCUCCUCGUUCCGCAGUCCUCUUGUUGCAGAGCUGGACUCCAGGGCAGAUGUGUGCGUGGAGGGGAAGGACCAGCUGGGGGGCUGGUUUCAGUCCUCACUGCUCACCAGUGUCGCUGUGAGAAACAAAGCGCCGUACAAGUGUUUGGUGGUCCAUGGCUUUGCAGUCAGUGAGACGGGAGAGAAGAUGUCCAAGUCCCUGGGAAAUGUGGUGGAUCCAGAUGAAGUCAUCAAUGGAGGAAAGGAUGAAAGUGCGCCUGCUUACGGUGCAGAUGUGCUCCGCUGGUGGGUUGCUGAAUCAAACAUCUUCUCCGAACUCCAAAUUGGAUCAAAGGUUCUGAACGCAGCUCAUGACAGCAUCAGUAAGCUGAGGAACACGCUCCGGUUCCUGCUGGGUAAUCUGCAGGGAUUCGACCCACGCACUCAAGCUGUAGACGCCAAACAGAUGCACUAUGUUGAUCAGUACAUGUUGCACCUGCUCCGCGAGUACAGUAUGAAGGUCACAGACGCCUACAGUGAGUUUGAUGCCAGUCGAGUCAUCCGCCUCCUCCAAGCUUUCAUCACCAGAGACCUCUCUAACUUCUACUUCAGCAUCAUCAAGGACAGGCUGUACUGUGACCCCGAGGAUUCUCCGGGCAGAAGAUCCUGUCAGACUGCGUUAGAGGAAAUCCUUGAUGGUGUGAUCCGAUCCGUCGCUCCUAUCCUGCCACAUUUAGCUGAAGAAGUUUAUCUGCUUGCUCCUGGACAUGAGAAAGGAGAGACUUUGUUCAGAAGUGGUUGGAUCAAAAGCAGCUCUGUGUGGCAGCGUCCAGGACUGGAGGAGGCUGUGGAAGGUGCAUGUGCCAUCAGGGACUCCUUUCUGUCUUCCAUUCCUGGCAAAAAUGCUGCCCAGUACGACCUCACUAUUGCCAUCCAGCCUGGACUCCUGUUUGAACUCAUGGAGUCUCUCCAGGAGGAGCCCACCUCCACCUCCUCCCAGCUGGUGGAGCUGAUGAUGGCAGCUCGGGUCAGCCUCGCCACGGAGCUGCCACGGGACCUGAACCCACAGGCUCAGGUGAAACACGGCAGCUUCCUGAUCAACCUGGAAGGUGGUUUUAUCCGUGAACAGAGUCCCUUCAGCAUCGCAGUGGCGCCCUCUACUGGUAUCAGAUGCCCGCGCUGUCGUCGCUACAUUUCUGAAUCGGCAGACUGCUUGUGCACUCGCUGCCAAUCUGUUGUCUCUCAGACUCACUGAAAGGCCCAGCACCACAACACCCUUCCAGAUUCUAGAGAGGACGGUUGGACCUGCAAGAAUGCCAGAGGAAGAGGAGCGGAGACAGUGCAGAGGUCCUCCUUUCCUGUGUCUGCUUAGGUCAAACAGGAGCAAGAAGCUUUGAUUUAGUUUUUCUUACAAAGACAACGGGAUGCCAUGAAGACGAGUUAUGGCAGCAUUGAGGGUAACAUUUCCUGUUUGAACUUUUCAUCAGUAGAAGAAUAAACUAUCAAACCAAGAUCUCCACGUGUGGAAUCCAAAGCGGCUGCAGCCCUGUAUUGUUGGGGAUUUCAGUUUCUCUGCUGUACUUAGUUUUUUUCUGUUCAGCGACAAAGAAGUUCAUGAAUGCGUCUACUGGAGAAGAUGGGGAUGAAUUCUAUCUUUGUAAAGCAGAUUCUAUAAACACAUUGUAAGUAAAUGGGGUUGAGACCACCACACAGUU